CUGAGGUGGCGGAGAAAACUACUUCUCCCAUGAGCUCCCGCGCGGCGAGUGUUCCCUUUUGGCCUUCCCGAGACCGCCAUGACGGUUUUGUGUGUGUGUGUGUUAUGCGUUGAGUGAGGUGUGUGUAUCAGUAUGUGUGAGUGAGUGAAUGUGAAAGGGAAGGAGGAAGAGGAGAGGAUGAGAGAGGCUGGGGGAGGAGGAGGAGGAGGAGGCUCCACCAGCACCGUGGGGCCUAGCUCUGUCCCUUCCGAGGAGCUGUGGGGGCGACUGAACCCCACUCCCCGACCUGCCCCUUUGGAGGGGGGUGGGUGGGUUUAAAGGCCCUCCCUUAUGUGGGGGGAGGGACAGCUGGGCAGCGCAGAGCCCCCUUGAGGAAAAGGGUGGGGUGGGGGGCACCAGGUUCCCACUCCCCCCUUGGAUUGCAGGGCGGGGGGGCUGGCAGUGGGAGCGCCUAGAGGGCCCCACCCCGUUGCAGGAGCAAGGGUUUUGCAAGGUUAACAACGCCCCCCACCCUUUCAUUGCUUCGGAGGGGGGCAGAAAGCUGAGAGAUCGCCACGGCAGGCACUGGGCCUUUUCCAUCUGGGCUCUGUGUGUGAGAGUGAGGCCAGAGCUAUGUCCCUGAUUUAAAGGGAAAGGCUGAUCAUCAUCAUCUUAAAUAACAUUUGGGGACAGCUUUCACCUAGCCCCCACCCCCUUUUGAUCCCCCUCCCCUGCUCUCCAAAGUGCAUGGAGAUGUUGUUGGAGUAACAAGCCAAGGGGCAAGUCCCCCUUCUCCUCCUCCUCUUCUUCUCCCACCUCCAGUAAGCCCAAGGAGUGGGGAGUGGGCUUAGAGAGGGGAGUGGUCUGCCUACAUUUGAAAAGGGGAGGGUGGGUGUUCUGGCAACUAAGGAAAAUCUCAGUGGUGGGCAGAAGAGGAGGAGGAGUCAGGAGGAAGCAAGGAGGGUUGGGGGGGGGGGUUACUGGAGGUUGCACCGCGCAUAGGCAAUGCCCAAGGCUCCAUCCAAAAUUAGGGGUGCAGGGGGUCCCUGAGUAGAUGUGUGCUACAGCGGGAGCUUUCCUUGUUAUUUUUUAGAUGUUCGGGGGAAGGGAAGCCUCCUCACACAUCAUCCCCUUGUUUUCUCCCAAGGGCAAGGAAGGAAACCGUGGAGGGUAGAAUAGGAGAGAGGGGGUGAGAGGACUGGGGGGAACUGCUGCUAUGAAUCUGUAAUCGCCUCUUUGGGGAGAUCGACCCGCCCCUCCGACUCUUCUCCACCCCCCUAUUUUUGUGGGGGGGACUGAGGGAGAGACGCACGCACACACAAAUCCUUCAACAACUGGCUGGAUCUCUUCUCUCUCCCCCCCUCCACUGCCCACCAUGACAACAAACCCAGCAUCAGAAUCGCCAUCCGCCCCAUGGCCACACAGCAGGCUGCUGAUGGAUGAGGAAGAAUCUUUGGUGCCUGGAUGCGCUUCCCAAAGCCCAGAGAGUAGCUGAAGCGGGACGUAGCCAAUGUCGUCCAGCAAAGGGGCGGGGGCUGGAGCUCGCCGGCGGCGGACGCGGUGCCGGAAGUGCAAAGCUUGCCUGCGGUCGGAGUGUGGGGAGUGCCACUUCUGCAAGGACAUGAAGAAGUUCGGGGGGCCAGGGCGCAUGAAGCAGUCCUGCCUCCAGCGGCAGUGCACGGCGCCAGUUCUACCUCACACGGCUGUGUGCCUGGUGUGUGGGGAGGCCGGGAAAGAGGACACAGUGGAGGGCGAAGAGGAGAAGUUCAACCUGUCGCUCAUGGAGUGCACCAUUUGCAACGAGAUUGUGCAUCCGGGCUGCUUGAAGAUGGGGAAAGCCGAAGGGGUCAUCAACAAUGAGAUUCCAAACUGUUGGGAAUGCCCCAAGUGCAAGAGAGAAGGCAAAUCGAUGAAAGACUCGGGCGACGGCACGGGGAAGCGGCGUUCCGACAACGGCGAGGAUGGCGUCCGGUGGAAGCUGACGGACGAGCCUGCUCAGAACAAGAAGAAGUUGGCGCCGGCGCCGCCUUUGCCCCCGCCACCCACGGAGGAAAGCCCAGUUCAGGCCGGGGCCCACAAGCGGAAGAAGGAGAAGGAGCUGCCACCCCCAGACACAGGGCCCAAGAAAAAGUUAAAAGGCACGCGGGAAAAGCAUUUGAAGAAGGCCACUGAGCAGCAGCCCGAUGGGAACAAGUUGCAAUCCAUGCAGACCUGGAGCCGCAUGGGCAGCGGGGACUUUGAGGUGAAGGGCACCAUCUCCCACCCCUCCAUCCACUUGAAUCAGAUCACCGCCAGCGACUUAGAGAAGCCGAAGGGUCCUCCGGGCCCCCUGGAGCCCUCCACGCAAUCAGACAAGUCCCACCAGCGGGAAAAGCUGGAGCGCUUCAAGCAGAUGUGCCAGAUGUUGGAGCGGGUGAAGAACAGCAGCAGCUCGAGCUCCAGUUCGGACUCUGACUCCGACACGGACUCUCGGGGCUCAGACGGCUCCAGCGGGGGGGUGUCGAGCCGAGCCGCCUCCCCAGCCACCCGCUCCCAGCGCCUGGCCGCUCUGGGCUUCAGCGCCAGCGAGGACGACGAGGAAGAGGAAGAAGAGGAAGAGGAGGAGGCGUCGGAGGGCGGGCGGCGCAACGGCAGCUCGGAGACGGCGCGCAACGGCAAGCAGCCGAAAGCUCGGGGGAACUCUCAGGAGAAAGAGAACAAUCACCGCCCGACCAGCCGGGGCAGCGAGCGGGCCAAGCAGCAGGCGGGCGGGCGCAAGGCGGGCCGGCCUGCCGGGCAGACGGGCCUGCGCAUGGUGGCGCGGACUCAGUUCCUCAACUGGCCCCUGGUGCCCUCGCCGCCCAAGCCUCUGCUGCAGCUGGAGCGGCACGUGGUGCGUCCGCCGCCCGACAGCCCCGAGCCCGACUCCCUGCCUUUGGACAGCGGAUCCGACCAUAUCAUGCAGCGGGACGUUUGGUUGGCCGUCUUCCAAUACCUCAGCUAUCGGGAGCUGUGCGUCUGCAUGAGGGUGUGCCGGACAUGGAGCCGUUGGUGCUGUGACAAGCGGCUAUGGACGCACAUUGACCUGAGCCGUCGGAAAUCCAUCACUCCCUCCAUGCUGAGCGGCAUCAUCCGCCGGCAGCCGGCCAGCCUUGACCUUAGCUGGACCAACAUCUCCAAGAAGCAGCUAAUGUGGCUUCUCAACAGGUUGCAAGGCCUCAAGGAACUCAUCCUGACAGGCUGUUCUUGGUGCUCCGUGUCGGCGCUCAGCACAGCCAACUUCCCCUCCCUGCGGCUCCUGGAUUUGCGUUGGAUCGAGGACGUCAAGGACUCUCACCUCCGCGAACUGCUGUUGCCUGCCCCGGAUGCCAAGCCGGGCCAGACCGACAGUCGGGGUCGGCUCCAGAAUGUUUCUGAGCUGCGGCUCUCUGGGCUGGACAUCACGGACUCCUCGCUGCGCUUGGUGAUCCGGCACACGCCCCAGCUUGCCAAACUGGACCUGAGCCACUGCAACCACGUGGGCGACCAGUCUGUUAACCUGCUGACUGCUGCUAACUCCCCACUCCGAGAGACCCUUGCCGAGCUCAACCUCGCCGGGUGCAACCGGCUGACGGAUCAGUGUCUGCCCCUUUUCCGCCGCUGCCCGCGCCUCUCCCGCAUCGACCUGCGCACCUGCCACCACGUCACGCCCGAGGCCUGCGCCCGCUUUGCCGAGGACUCUGUCUCCAACAGCACCUCCGUCCCCCCGGCCCCUGGCUCGGCGCCUCCCGGGCCCCCUUUCCGUUGCCCCGAGGAGAAAUUGCUGCUGAAGGACAGCUAAUACCCGCCCUGGGGUGGAGGCGCAAGGGAGACUCUGCCUCGCCAGUCGGACAAACCGGACGCGGACUCUGAGAGAACCUUUUUACUUAAAGCCAUGCACUGAACCGGAGUGGCGUCUCCACCCCCCUCGAUGUGCGCAGCUAAAGAAGAGGGGUGGAGGGUUGUGCUCCCCCCACCCCACCCCCCUCCCCACCCCUGCCAGGGUGGGGGUCGGCCGCCUCUUGCUCCACCCCCCCCCCUCGUUCCAGGACAGAGCCACGGAGUAAGUGGGGCCUGGGGUAGCCUUGUUGCUUUACAAUGCUGGGAAAAGGCGUUUUCCUCCUCCUCCCAUCAUGCACUGCGUCGUACUCUCCGCCCCCCCCAAACCCCAACCUGUCUGUGCCGCAGUCGGUACCACGCUCUCUUUCUCUUGGGGUGAGGGGGGUUGACACACAGCCUUUAAAUGCUGGCUCAGGAGGAAGGCAGCUUAUUUUAUGGUGUCAGGUUAUUUUUCUCACUCCGGCCCCCUCCCCGAUGCAUAUGUGCACUCCAACCUCCUCCAUCCCGCCCCCCACAUGCUGCCUUUAUGAUUUUGAAAGUGUGCGUGCCUGCCUGCCUGCCUGCCUGCCUUUCCCCCCAUCCCUCCUUCCCCAAGCACUCAUUUUUUCAGUGCGGUUUUUACAAAGGGUGGGGCGGGGGAGCCAGGCAGCUGAUACUUCGAUCCCUCCCGCCCCCCCUCACUACAUACCCACUGAAAUUCCGUCCGCCCCACAUCCACUGGGAGGGCACAGGCUAUGGGUCGUCACGCACUGAAUGUGCAGGCGGUCUCCCGCGGCCCAAAUCUGGACUCCGUGUUCCUGGCCCUGCAAGCCAAAACGAUAACGCCCCCCCCACACGUGCGCACAUGGCAAUCCGUACACAUGCCGUCUCCGCUGCUGUAUUGUUUACACACACACACAUACACACAUGUGCACAUAAGCUGUGUGCGUGGAGAGACUCCCCGAAGAACGUCCGUCCCACAACACUUGCCUCCCUGUCUUUCGUCCCCAGCCGCCCGCCCCCCCCGCCCCGUUCACUGGUAGACCGUGCAGAGAUUCAGAAGCUUGGGAUAUCCUUCCCAGAAAUGCUUCAGAUCCACCUUGCACGUCCCUGUGCGGAAACGCACAUCAGAAGGCCCCAAGGGAGAACGCGAGGCCAAGUGUGACGUGAAACGUCCUGUGUCUCUCAGCGCUACCCCUUGCGCAUGCAAGGAGCUCGUAAGGAGGGAGCGCCUCGAAAGUGCCACGGCCCUUCACAUGUGCGCAGGCAGGCACGGUGCCUCUUCUGCUGCCCUCAGUCUGCAUAGCACAGCUCCGGACACCGUUCCCUACCGCGAAGGUAAUGUUGGAGGAGCCACGUUGAGAAAUUAACAUGGGGAGCAUCCUCUCUCCCCCUCCAGACAACUUUGGGGGUGUCGAUACCAGGAGCACCAUAAAAAGGUGGCCGCUUGCACCCGUACAUGUGAACCACGCACCAGUUCUCCACCCUCACCCCCCCCAAAGCACAUAUACCUGUUAAUCCAAACAGCCCUGCCUGCUGCCACCCCCCUUGUGUAUUCCUCUUCUGUCCCAUCCUGGCACCAUCGCCUACCAUUCCACUCCAGCAGUAUUUCCAACUUGGAAGUCAUGACCUUUCUUUUCUAUCUGCCCCCCCCCCUUCUCGGCCAGUAAUAUGUGUCUGUGUCAGCCCCUGGGGGGGCUGGGGGGCAAGCAAGAUGAACGGCUUGAGCCUGCUGUCUUGCUGUGCUUGAUUUUUACUUUAGAAAACCCCUCCCGGGAGAGGAGAUGCCGCUGUCUGCCCUGACGCUCCCUUCUCUGCCAGCCCCUCCAACCCUUGUCCCACCCCACUUUCCUUCUUUGGUCCAUAAGCUUUAAUAACCACUUUUAAGGGAGGGGGGAGAGCAGAGAGCUGUGUUUUCUUUCCCACAGCACCACGCAUGUUGGGCUUGGGUAGCCUUGUCUUAAUUCUGGUCGCCCUCCUCCCGGCCGCGGAGUUGUCAAACUUGAACACACACAUUUCCCCCCUCCCCACCUCGGUUGCGUUUUCUUCCCACCCCCGUGGUCGUUUUUUUCCCUUUUCUAAAGAGCGUGGUGGCAGGAGGAGGAGGAGGAGCGGGGGGGAAAUACUGUAGAAAACGGCACGAAAAAGAAUGUUCCGGACCGAAGACGUGCCUGUUUGUCGGCCAUUUCUUGGCUCCCUUCUGCGGCGGAGGUGGGAUUGAUGCGGCUAACGGGAGCUCUUCUUCCCUUCCGCCACGCUGGCCCGUCCCGGGAAGGGAGGCUGGUUGCAGCCGUCCAAGGUGCCCAGCUCUGCUCACUGAGCCAUUUUUGCUUCUUUAGGUUUCCUCCCAACGGGGAUGGGACUCAGCUGGGUUUUGGGAGGGAGGGGCGGUCAGUUGCCAGCGGGGGGCAUCAUCGCAGGUCACCCGGAUUCCCACAGCUGGGGGGGGCUCCCUGCUGCCCCCCAACCCACCUUUCUCGUUACAAAGAUUUCCCGGAGCCCCUUCUCUUCCUCGGCCCCCUUCCCCUCCACCUCCGCCUGGGUCCUCAGAGGGUGCCGCCAUCAUAUGGGGAGGAAGAGGAGAAAUGGCUUGAGGCUGGGUUGGGUCGUGGUUUUUCUUAUUUUAUUUUAUUUUUGGUCAAAUCGGUAACCAUAACUACUUCUUUUUUUGUUGUUGUUUUUUUGUUAAUAUAUACUUGAACGUUCAUUUAUUACUAAAGCAUUACUUGAAAAAACACACGCAGCGAUAGGUUGUGGAAUCGGAGGCGAGGUUUUUGGUGUCUUUUUGGUUUUUUUUAAGGUUCUGUUGGGUGCUUUUAUAUUGUUUUAAGAAAAUUGGUUUUCGUCGUUGCUUUUUUAAAAUUUUCAUUUGUCCGUGGUGGUGUUUUUUUGUUUUGUUUUUUGUUAUUACUAAAAUCCUUCCCUCUCACUUGAUUAGCCAAAGAGGGCCAAGGUAUCUUACUUUCUCCCCUUGCCCUGCUCCCUUCUUUUCUGGAUUUCCCCUUCCCCAUAGAAGAAUUUCCCCCCUUCCACAGUCGCCUCUUAGAAGCUCCUAAAACAAAAAGAGUAUUAAAGAUGGUGAGGAGCUGUGGGGAGGGGAGGGGGGCUAGGAUACAACACAGGCAAGUGUGGGGCAAGGAAGGGAGGUCAGUAUUGUGCAUUUAUGGGGGGGAGGGAGAAGAUCAAACAGUCCUCUCUCCCCCCCAACAUCCUCAAAAAACGCUAACUCCCCUUUGGACACAGCAUAAAUGCGUACUACUUGAUUCCAGAGCUCACCCUCCUUGGCGCAAAUGAGGCCUGCUCUCACCACAGCAGCCUUUGAUCUGUUGCUUGUCUCCUCCAUCUCAAUUCCUCCUCCGACCAAAGGAGACCCGUACACUAAGAAAUGGCAAUUUAUGGGUCUGGGUUUCACUGUGUGCUUUAUGGAUUGUGGAGGAUGAGGAGAGGCAAAAACACGUAAUGUAAAAGGAGUGGGGGGGGGUCACACUCCCCGUGCCAUGUGGUGACCCCCACCCCAACCCCUCGGAUUCCCUUGUCCAGACGAGGGGGACGGAGGUGCUGUUUUCAGACAUAUCAUUUAGGGUUUUUUGUUUUUUGGGGUUUUUUUUUUUAAGAAAAGAAAAUAUUUGUUUUUAAUGGAUGUUUUAACUAAGAAAAGAAAAAUACCUCAGGUUUUAAAAGAAAUGGUGAAGAGAGCGAGCGAGAGAGAGAAAAGCGAGAAUUAUCAUCUUAAGGGUGCGUUACUAUGCUACAGACUGCUGCUUUGGGCGGGGGGCUGCGAGGGGUGGGAAGUCAGAUGAACCCCAGAGAGGGGCAAAAAUGCUCCCUUUGGACAGGGAGGGGGGCUGUAGGUGAUAAGCCCACCCCUCCGCUCCCCCUUCCCCAACCACCCUUAUUUUCUCCCACCCACAAUCACUUUAAAAGGCAAAUGAGCAUUAAUAUACAGGCAGCUGUCUCUCAAGCCUAAACGGUUUGCUCCUGGAAUGAUAGAAGAAUAUGGGGGAUGCAUUUGCUAACCCCCCCCUGCAAAAUGAAACAAAAAACCCUUUCCUCCCACCCCACGGAUGUAGCCUCCCACAAAAUGUUCCAAGGGAUUUGCCCCCCAAGAGGUAUAAUACGGAACGUUUUCCGGUCACUGGCGUAUUGCAUACACAAAACCCCUUCUCCCAGUUUAGCGGACCAAAGCUAUAUUCCAGCUCCUCCUCGUUUCCUCCCCUCCAAGGCGAUUUUCUCCAUCUUUGGCUACAACUUUUAAACCGCACACACAGCCACGUUUUUUCUCCUCCUCCUCCUCCUCCUCACCUGUAUCCACCGAGACAAAGAUAAGCCCCAGGGAGGGGAGGUGGAGGGGAGAUGGGAGAGAAAGAAAGAAAAAACGAAAACUUUAAAGAAUCCACUUUGGAGCAAUGUGUCUUUCGCAAUGUUUGACCUGCACAUCUCUGUCCCAGACCCCCCACCCUUUGGGAACUGCUCAGAUGCCGGGGAGGGGCGGGCGCGAGACCAGGUUCCAAUCUGAAUUUCAGGGGUUCUAUUAUUGUACAAUAACUGUUUGCUAUAUAAACGAAAACUGAAAAAAAAAUCAAAAAAAGGAAGUAUGUUUUGGUCUUAAAAAGCCUGUUUUUCAUUAUUUUCCCCCUCCCCUGGUUUUAUUUUCCUUCCGAAAGAAAUGUUGCGAAUAAAAAAAUGUUGGGGUUUUUAAUUAA